UUCAGUUUGGUUUAGAUUAAUUUCGAUUCUCUUACAAUAAUUUGGUUGGACAGACCUUGUUUAGAAGAAGUUGAACCGAAUUAGAUUAGCCAAAAGUUUUUUCGUCCGGUUAGUCUUUUGAUUCCAUUUUACCCUUUUAAGUAAACCGACAAAAACGCUAACAAAAGUAUAAUCUCUUUCUCAGAAAGUGAUAAAAAAACAAAAGUUUACUGCGAAGUCGUAGUCAAAAGAUUAGAUUCAACUAAAAAUAAAUAUCUUGAUAAAGUGCAGAUAGAGAAACUAUCUUUUGGAUGAUAGAGAAUCUAUCUUUUGGAUCCUCUCCUCUAUUUCUAGCCUUUCACUUGGAUCUCCCUUGGAUAAGUCUAUUAAUAUACCUACCACGUGUAUCAGCGUAUGUAUAAUGUGUACAAUCUUGUCACAAAAAAAAUAUCUUUUUUUUUGACUGAACACAAAAAAUAUCUUCAUGCAUGUUUUGUUCCUUUUCGUUAUAAAACCAUCAUAAUUCUCUUCCAAAGUUCUUGGAUUUGUCCCCUAAUCAAUUGGAGAUAUACGAAGAAGAAGAAGACGGAUCUUCAAAACAGAAGACAAAAAUGUGUACUACUCAUCAUGAUGAUCAACCACAACAACAAAACCUCCCUUGUCUCCACUGCGACCCACACUCAUACAUUCACAUGGUUCAACAUAUGAUAGAGAGGUGUAUCAUACUCCGCAUGAAUCGUGACGAAUGCGUCCAGGCGUUAGAUCACCACGCAACCAUUCCACCACUCGUUACGCUCACCGUUUGGAGAGGACUUGAGAGGGAAAAUAAGGAUUUCUUUGAAACGUAUGAGCAUUCCUUCUCUCCUGAGCCAUUCUCAAGCGGAUAUGUUCGGAGAUCGCCGAGGUUGGCUAGAAGGGUACAACAAUGAAGACUUUAAUUUAACCUUCCAGAUAUAAAUCAUACAUAUGAGAAAAACAAAAUUCAAAUUUAUAUAUAUGUAGCCGGUAGACAUAGGCUAUCAUUACAUAUUGCUAAAGAUGAAACAUGAUCAUGCUAUCAUAUGUAGACCUUUUUUUAAAUGUUAAAGCGUUUCUCUAAUUUGAUUAAGCAGUCUAGUCAAUGAAAACCCUGAAAGCAUAUUCCUCCUUAAACAAUAAACACACAGUAAAGCAGUUCUUUAGCUAGACUGGUUGAACCAGAUAAAAAAAAAACUAGACUGGUUAAACCAAAAAUAACCGAGUGGGUGACAAAUAAUUGAGAUUAGCUUAAACCGAACAUAACCAAGUGUAUAACAAAUAACUGAGAUUUUGUCUGAACAUAACCGAGUGGAUAACAAAUAAUUGAGAUUAGCUUAAACCGAACAUAACCGAGUGUAUAACAAAUAACUGAGGUUUUGUCUGAACAUAACCGAGAUUCCGGUUUAGAUCGAAUAAAAAAAAUAUCUUCCCACACGACAAAGGGUUUCGACUUUCAUCUUCAAAAGUCAACGAACUAAUAAAAAUCCCGACAAAGAUCUUUCCUUUUUAACUUCUAACUUCGUUGUAAUUCUCUGAAGAACUCUCAGCUUCUUCGAUUCGCUGAGACUUGAGAGGAUGCAGCAGUGAAGAGAAUCUCAUCUCAAUUACAAGAACCAAAAAACGGACUCUAUGGCUGCUGCUGAUACAACAGCCUUAAGUUACUGGUUGAACUGGAGGGUCCUCCUCUGUGCAUUAAUCAUCUUAGCUCCGUUAGUAUUAGCAUCAAUCCUGAUCCGGAGAUACGAAGGCAAGAGAAGAGAAGGAGUAUCCUCCGCUGGGACGUUGUUCAAACACGAAGCUUGGAGCACGUGUCUUAAAACAGUCCACCCUCGUUGGUUGCUUUCCUUUAGAGUAUUCUCGUUUGUCGCAAUGCUGUCUCUACUCAUCGCCAAUGUUGUUAUCCAUGGAGGCGGCGUGUUUUACUUCUAUACUCAGUGGACGUUUACUCUUGUCACACUCUACUUUGGGUAUGGUUCGUUGUUAUCUAUUUACGGAUGUUACAUCUACAAUGAAGAAGAGAGUUAUACUUAUACAAGUAUAGAUGAUGCAGAACAAGGCACUUAUAGACCACCGUUCACCCUUGAAGAGGCAA